AUGUUAAGUCGUAUAUUGGGUGUGCGUAAUCACUCAGCUCGUGCGUUCUCUACUAUUGGAGCAUGUUAUAAUAAAACAAAUACUUCACCAAAGAAAUUUUUAUCACCAAACGAGUUUGCUUCUCAGAAACAAAUUGAUGAAAUAGAAGAACAAGCAUACAAACAAAAUUUGUUAAAUGAAGAAUAUAAGUAUGAUCCAAAGUAUUUGUCGGAAAAUGAAUUAAAUCCUAUUACCAAGAGACCUAUUCCAUUGAAUGUUGAAUUAUUAAAAUAUAAACCUGUACAAUUACCACCAACACAUGGACAUGAAGUCGCCAAGCUUGAGUUUAAAGGAUACGACAAAGACAGUAUUAUUAGAUCUUCCGAGUUUGCUGCAAGAGCAGCAUUUUAUUUGGGGAUUCCAUGCUCCAAGAUUCAUUCCCUUAAAACUGAAAAGAGAUUAUAUACUGUGAUCAAAUCUCCCUUUGCACAAGCAAAAUCGAAGGAAAAUUUCAAAAGAACUACCUACGGAAGAAAAUUAUAUGCAUAUGAUGCAACACCAGAAGUUGUGGAUUUGUGGUUAUCUUUCAUUAAUAAGCAUGCUAUUGAAGGAGUCAAAUAUAAUGCAUUAAUUCACACUAGAGAAUCAUUAGAUUUCUGUGAAAAGUUGGACGCUUUGUCAGCCGAAGACUUGCAUAUGCCUGAUGCUUAUAAGGGAUCUGAUGAUCCAAUUGCUAAAAAGGUAGAAGAAUUAUUAAAAUCGGAUACAUUUAAGAAAUACUUCGAUGGUGAAGCCGAGGUUACUGAAUCCCCAAAAGAAUCUAAAUAA